UUUCUCGCACUCCAGCUAAUGCUCUCCAUCAUCUCUCCCUCUAUAAAUACUUUCCUGAACUCAUUAUCCAUUUCCAUAAACACAAACCUCUUCUUUUCAUCAACUCAACUAUCCAUUAUUAUUCAGACUUAUAUAUAUAUAUAUAUAUAUAUAUAUAGUUGACAAGUUGAGAUGAAGAUCAUUAAGACUUCAUUGCUAGCCUUCUUCUUUCUUCUUCCUCUUGUACUGGCUGACCUGCGGGUUGGUUUCUACAAUGCUACCUGCCCACAAGCUGAAUCAAUUAUACAAGAAGUCGUGCAAAAACAGUUUGCAACUGAUUCAUCCAUAACUGGCGGUUUGCUUCGCAUGCAUUUUCAUGACUGCUUUGUCAGAGGAUGUGAUGCCUCCAUACUUAUAGAUUCGACACCGAAGAAGCCAUCUGAAAAAUCGGCAGGACCAAACUUGACUGUGCGAGGAUUUGAGCUUAUUGACGAGGCCAAGAAACGCCUAGAGGCAGCAUGCCCUUCAACUGUAUCCUGUGCAGAUAUCAUAACCCUCGCAACCCGAGAUUCAGUUGUUCUUGCGGGAGGGCCAAGCUACGCUGCUCCCACCGGAAGGCGUGAUGGCCUUGUUUCAAAUCCCGACGACGUUAACUUGCCCGGUCCAUCGUUCUCCGUGUCUCAGGCGUUGCAGGCUUUCACAGCCAAAGGGUUGACCCUAAAUGACAUGGUCACUCUUUUGGGUGCACACACGGUUGGUUUAGUGCACUGUAAUUUUUUCCAAGAUAGGCUUUCAAAUUUUCAAGGCACAGGGUCUCCUGAUCCUUCUAUGGAUCCAGCCUUGGUUGCCAAGCUGAGCAAACUUUGUGCAUCUGGCAAUAACCCAACUACAUUUCUGGACCAAAAUACAUCUUCUACUUUUGAUAACCAGUACUACAAUCAGCUUCUUUUGAAGAGAGGUAUCUUGCAGAUCGACCAGGAGCUUGCUUCAGAUAGAUCUACGACUGGUAUUGUUUCUGGAUUUGCAUCAAAUGGUGUGAGAUUCAGUCGGAGCUUUGCAACUGCUAUAGUAAAGAUGGCGAGUCUCCAGGUUCUUGUCGGAAAUGCAGGAGAAAUUAGGAAAAAUUGUAGAGUUUUUAAUCCCAAGUAAAAUAACUAAUUGUUUAGAGUCUUCUAAUAAAUUUGGAUAUUAAUUAUUGUGAUGAUAAUUUUGAUGUAAUAAAGCCUUACUUAUCAA